AUGAUUCUGUCCAAUCAAGAACAAAGAACGCAAUUUCUGAAUUUUAACAUUUGGGUUUUAAAAACAUGCUUGUUAUGGCCGGAAAAUUUGAAUUUUGUUUAUAACAAAAAUCGUCUUUUUAAGGAUUCUGUAAUGAUUCUGUCACUUAUGCCGUGCGCUAUACCCAUAUUAGCCGAUUUUGUUUUUCAAUUGAGUGAAGGUGUAAAAAAUCUGACAAAAGUGGUAGAGGAUAUGAUUGCCUUGAACUGUAUUAUUGGUAUGAUCUAUAUGGUUAUAUGCUUUAUAAGUAACAGAAGAACUAUACAAAAACUUGUGAUAUCCAUUCGCCAUUUUGAAAAGUACUCUUCUUGGGAUAAAAUAAUCGAAGUGGACGACAGGGCAAACCUAUUUUGUAAAGUUUUUAUGUUCUACGGUAUCUUGGGCAAUUUCGUCUACAUGUUGAUGCCUCAAUUGAGCGUUGAGAAGUGUCGAAGAAGUAUCAUUGAAGAUCGAAUGCCUUGUGGUCUUGUUGUCAGAAGUCAUUUCCCAUUCAACUUUGGACAUACCCCGGUGUAUGAAAUGAUAUUUAUUCAUCAGAUAUACACUUGCACUAUGGUGUCUAUCGUUGUAUUGAGUCUUACCAUGCUGUUAUGUGGCUUGUUAAUGCAUACGGUUAAUCAGCUGAAUCAUUUAAGAAUUUAUGUGAAAAAAUUGAGAGAUUGUCCGGUAGAUAAACUAUACGAAAGGCUGGUCUAUAUUAUUCGAUACCAUAUCGACAUUAUAGAGUAUUCCAAAGAAAUUGGUGAAGCUUUCAGUACAAUGUUGUUGUUUUACAUAACUUUAACGUCUUUGGUUUUAAGCGUGUUAUGUUUUGAAAUAAUAAUGGUGGAAGCUUUUGAAGAUUCUGUCAGAUUUUCUUUGCAUCUUGUGGGAUGGCUGGUUAUAUUGUUAUCAGUUUGUUAUAAUGGACAGCUAUUGAUAGACGAGAGUUGGGAAGUGGCAAACGAUAUUUAUUCGAUUCCCUGGUUCGAGUUUCCAGUCGAGAUGCAACAAAAAGUGCAAAUGAUCAUUUUGCGCUCGCAGAAGGCUUUAAGUAUGUCGGCCGCUGGAAUGGGCAUAGUGUCUCUGCAAGCUUUCUUAAAAGUUCUUAGUACAGCUUACUCGUUUUUUACGUUACUUUUGAAAUUUAAAGCUUAAAAUGAAAGAGAGAAAAAAAUAUAUAGUAUGAUAUGCACAACAUAGUAAAAAAUAUAAUAGUUCUAUGAAAACCAUGCACUUGGAGUAAAUUCGACCGUCUAAUUUAAAAGUCAGUACCGAACUAAUUUUGAAGAUGAAAAUACUGAUGCUGGUACUAUCUCGGAAAGGCGUUACUACAUCUUCGGCACGCCCCUGUUUGAGGAACCUUCGAAUACCCAUCCAAAUGCAUAUUUUGCACCUUUUUAAUUGGCCGAAGGGUUCCUUCCCCGAAAGAUCACUAGACUUCUUUCACCCUUGUUUCUGGUUCUUAUCCCGAGAGGGCAACAGCAUGUCCUAUUUAUUAAUUAAAUGUAAUUUUUAAACCCUUCCGUGUAAAUCUUACUCUUUUAACAAUUUGCUGAAAAACAUUCAUAAUCUACCUUAACUAAUACAAAUGAUAUCGUGACAUAGGAUUACCUUAAAAAAAACCGCCUAGAAAUGAAAACCAUGCACUUGACAGAGGUACUUAUAUAGUUCAACCUUUAUUUAGGAAGAAAAGUGUUGCAGAUCUCUUCUUGGCAAGUACUGGAUGUGGUUACAAGAAAUUCCUUUUAGUAGAUCUUGAACUUAACUUCAAAUGAAAGGCAGUAGUUCUAGAAAGUUGACACCUGUUACACCUGCACGAAAUAUAUAUCUUG